AUGAUCUGGUGUAAACACAGAAGACUAGGUCAAAUAUGUGAGUUGAGCCAAAAGUACCACACUACGGUUACUCAAAUUUCUAACGGUCUGCAACCAACAAGGAAUCUCAAAACUAAGUACCUUCUUAACUCAAGGUUGAUAAAAAGGGCUGUUGAACAUCAUGAAGCAGGUCUAUUAAGUGUAUGGCAAUUUCUAGUGAAAUGUUCAUAUUCCUGUGCUGGCUAUGAAAGAAGGCAAAGACAUUGGGCACUAGGUAUUGAACAUGAUCAUGAGUCAAAUGAUGAUGUUUUGGAAGAUGACUUUGUUGAACCAGAUCCAGAAGUACCACAAAAUGCACCAGAAGUAGUACACAAUCCAAGGAAUUGUAUGGUUUGUUUAACUACUACUCCUGGUGAAAAUGUAGCUCAACAUAUAGUGUUGCCUUGUGGUCACGCCUGGGUGUGUGAAACAUGCGUUUCAGUGUUGGAUGGUCAAUAUCAAAGAACGUGCCCAGUCUGUCGAGGAGAUGUACUUCGCUUUCAAAGAAUGUUUUUAUCAUAACUUAUUGUACACCUAUUCUAUUUGUUAAUAAUUCGUUAUUUUGUAUUAACAUACCUAUUAAAAUUUAAUAUUUUAUACAAUUGUUGUGCAUAUUAAGUACUUAGUCACCUGCAUCAUGUACUUAUAGUGUAUAGUUAUAUACUGAAUAUAUUAUAAUAUAAAAAUAUUAUAAUUAAUUUAAUUUGUUUCAAAUAUUUUUUAGAAGUGCCAAAUAUACUUGAAGCCGGUCAAUUACUGUAUUUGUGCACAUGGGAUGGUGACAUAAAGUAUUUACCAAAUUUCAAAAUAAUUCGCUUUCGUUGUUUAAAUAUAAUUUAAUUAAACCUAAAUAUUAA